AUGGAUAAUAGCAAAGUAGAAGCUGUCAUGGACUGGAAACGACCAUCAACAGUGUUUGAGAUUAGGAGUUUCUUAGGAUUAGCUGGCUACUACAGAAGGUUCAUUCAAGAUUUCUCAAUUUUGGGGAAACCAAUGACACGACUGACCCAGAAAGGGGUCAAGUUUGAAUGGAACGAAGCGUGUGAGAAAUCGUUCCAAGAGCUCAAGAAGAGAUUAACCAGCGCCCCCAUAUUAAUAAUUCCCGAGCGAAAUGUGGGAUAUGCAGUGUACUAUGACGCAUCCAAAGAUGGAUUGGGAGCUGUGCUCAUACAAAAUGGAAAGCAAGUUAAAGCUGAACACCAAAAACUUGGAGGAACACUUCAGCCAUUACCUAUACCUGAUUGGAAGUGGGAGCACAUCACUAUGGACUUCGUCACAGGAUUACCUCGAUCACCUAAAUCCAACACUGCCAUCUGGGAUUACCUCGAUUACCUCCCUGUACGCAUGACAGAUACCAUGGAAUCGUUCGGCAGACUCUACAUUCAAGAGAUUGUACGACUACAUGGGGUACCGGUAUCAAUUGUAUUCGACCGCGACCCACGCUUCACGUCAAAAUUCUGGCAGAGUCUACAGAAAGCAUUGGGAACAGACCUUCGUUUGAGUACAGCUUUCCACCCACAAACGGACGGACAAAUCGAAAGGACGAUUCAGACCCUAGAGGAUAUGCUCCAUGCCUGUGCCUUGGACUUAGGUGGAAAUUGGGAGCGUCACUUGUCGUUGGUCGAAUUCGCUUAUAACAACAGCUAUCAAGCCACUGGAGAGCAUGUAUUUGUUAAAAUCAAGCCACGACGAGGAGUUAUUCGAUUUGGAAAGAAAGGGAAGCUAUCACCCCGGUAUAUCGGACCAUUCGAGAUUUUGGAGAAGAUUGGAGAAGUCGCCUAUCGCCUAGCCCUGCCACCACAGAUUGACAGAGUUCACAACGUUAUUCAUGUGUCUAUGCUUCGCAAAUACAUGUCACACCCCUCCCACAUACUCAACUGGGAGGAGAUAACACUUAACGAAGACACGACUUUCGAUGAACAACCGGUUGAGAUCCAAGAUUAUAGUGAGAAGAAUAUUCGUGGUAAGACGAUCAAACUUGUCAGGAUCUUAUGGCGGCAUCAGGGUAUAAAGGAGUCAACUUGGGAGCGAGCCGAUACUAUGCGCACCAACUACCCAUAUCUGUUUCCUCCAGAAGGUGAUGUACGUUUGACGUUUCGUUGCGAUAACAAGAAACCCAAGCCGAACCGUAAACUUUCGAAAAAGCUUGGAAUUGGAACAUUACGUCGCUGUGAAAAGCUAAUUAAUAUUCGGGCCCAGUAUAUUGGUUGUUUCCCACUGAUCUGUCCAUCUUGUUCACCUCCUCAGGACGGUUCGGAUAAUGAUAUAACAAGCCUCCGUACAAUGUCAGGUAAUCAAGAGAUCGAAGAGCAGAAUCCUCUUGAAGAUGACCAGUAUCAAGGUGAGGACCUCCCAGCUGAGGAAGGGGAGUUUGUCGAGCCAUGGAUACCCCACCCUUAG